CCAGUCGUUCUAUUGUCUCACACAAGUCGACUGCGUCGUAGCACAUGGUAGAUUAUCUGGAUUCGUGUCCCUGCUAUUAUCUUCGACAUGACGAGACAAAAUGAGCCUAUGCAGGAGCAGGAGCUUAUAGAAAUACCAAAUGGAAGCGUCACUACUGGGCUUCUGGAUUUCGAAAUUCCAAGGUUGGAGCGCGCGCAGCCCCUCAAUGAGCCAAACUCAAAAUAUCGAGAUUUUUUCAAACAUAUCGGAUUUCAGCUGCCAGACUAUAUUACCGGUAGCGCUUUCUCUUGGAGAUCACCAAAAGAGCAUCCGAAAGUCGCUGCAUAUAAAAGCCGGCGCAUAGCAGCCUUAAACAGUCUGCUUCACUUUAUCCCAGUGAGCGGUGCUCUCGUCCUCCUGGUUUUGUUCUGGACACAAUGCUGGGUCGGCGGUAACUCUGAUAACGGAACAUCUCUACAAUUUGCUGCUAAGCUACACGAGUUGCUAAUGCAAGCGUCACUUGUUGAUAUCUUGUUACAUGUUAUUCGCUUCCAGGCCAUCAGCGGUUAUAUACCAUUAGGCGCACUCUCAGGAGCUGCGAAAGCUCCUCAGUUGUCCUACUUAUGGUCACUAGACUUCUUUUCAGCUAUUCUUAGUCCAGCUUUUAGUGCACGACGUAAAGUGGCAUUCACCUUAUCAACAUUGGGUUUACUGUUGAUGACGGCAGUCGUCGGUCCGUCAUCAGCUGUGUUGAUGAUUCCUCGACCUGAUAUGCCACAUACAAAUCGAACCGUCGUACGCUAUUCCAACGUGACAGAAUCUUCGAUAUUCCCUGUUCAAAUUGACAACCACACUGCAGGUGGUGUGAUGAAUAUCACAAGAUCGAACGAGCUCUCACGAUCAAGUUAUGUGGACGUCAAUACAGCUGAUGGACUGCGGACCAACGGGUACUCUUGGGGCAGUGACUACAACCUUCAUUUCGACAUCGGACGAUUCCUUCGGACUGCGUACCAAGUCUCCUUAGAUUCCAAUUCGACCUUGGGAAACUACAUCGCAACAAUCCCAACAAUCUUAAGCGCAUUGAAUCUGCUUGUCAAUAGUCCUUUCAGCAGAGAGGAUGGAAAUAACGACGGGCCUUACAUCACUAGAGCAAAAUCUUUCAACGCAAGAUGGACAACUUACACAUCGCAGCCAUUUGUGAUGGUCAAAUGUUCAUACAUGCAAUCGGCAAAAUACGUUGAGAACGUGUAUUACAUUCGAGACGAUGAUUCGCAAAGUCCAUUACAUGAUGCAGCCAACGUACUGGGACCCUAUCUAAGGAAAUACGCGAACCGGAUCGACGCUAAUGUGUCCACUAUUCCACCGCUGUGGAUGACAUCCCCUGACAGCUCAAAAAAUCUACUUAUGGUGUAUCUUGCUUUUCCAGAGGCCAACUGGCUUUCAACAUGCACGGUAGCUGCAUUCUGGCAUAAAACUUCUACAACCAUGGUUCUUUUGAACUCAGACAUUACGAUACAGACUAAGCCACUGGAGAGCGGGGAAUAUCUAGUGAAGAGUAGCAUGACAGAGAUUGUCAUUGAUGCUGGCUUCGUGUCUUCGCUAGGCCUGCCCUGCACAAAGUUGAAUUCAGGAGAUAUCCAUAAUCUAGCUUUGUGUUUCGCCGCUGCUCUCUCCUGGAUUCCCGCUUCGGUGCGGCUCGCAAGCGGGGAUUUUGGUAUAAAUUACGAGUUAUACAAAGGGUACAAUGGAUCCGAGCUGAACGACUCCUCAAGACUGUCCACGUUCAAACUUAUCGAAACAAUCGACGGUUAUGGUUACGGGGCAACCGAUACAUCCAUCCGCCUCUCCGUCGCCGUCAUACUCACUUACUGCAUCAUCACUAUCGUUUACGUCUCCUAUAUAAUCAUUACUGGUCACACAUCUAUAGCCUGGGAUAGCGCGACCGAACUUAUUAUGUUAGCUCUUCAAUCUAAGGAACCUGCCGGCCUCGGGCACAUCUCUGUAGGUCUAGACUCGAUGGAAACCUUUCGCAAAAGCGUCGGAAUUAGGGUCAGCACUCUAGACAAUGGUAGUACAGGCCAGCCAGUUGAGAAACUGGAAUUGGUAUUUGAGGACGAUGAGGAGGCUGAAAAGAGGGGGUUGUUAAAGAUUGAACUCGGUAAAGCGUACUGAAUGUGGGUAAGUGAAAGAUGUGCCAAGAUUAAUAACAUUGUUUUUAUUAUAAACUGC